AUGCAGCUCAAUACCAACACCAUCAUCAUCCCCAGCAACACACAAGAUCACUGGACCAACUACUUUUUCAAAAUGCCCCUAACAGUCAAACUCUCCCUCUCCCUCUUACUCCUCACCCCCGUCCUGGCCAUCCCAGCCACCAGCCACCAUGCGAAACACCACGGCCAUAUCGUCCGGACAGUCCCCAACUUCACCUCGCUGGGCUGCUACACGGAAGCCAGCAGCGGCCGGGCGAUCGAGCUGGCGAGCUACUCGUCCAACAGCAUGACGACGCAGUCGUGCGCGGCCUUCUGCGCGAGCUACCGGUUCUUCGGCACCGAGUACGGGCGCGAGUGCUUCUGCGGCAACGCGCUGGCGGCGUCGGCCGUGCCGACGUCGUCGGGCUGCAGCAUGUCGUGCGCCGGCAACCCGGCGCAGACGUGCGGCGGGGCCAGCCGCCUCAGCCUGUACCGCAACAACGACUACGUGGCGCCGGCCGUGGCCGGGGUCCCGGGCCGCGCGUACCUGGGGUGCCACAGCGAGGGCGACGGCGAGCGGCUCCUGCCGGACAGGUCGGCGCCCAGCGACACGCAGACGCCGCAGAAGUGCGCGGCGGCGUGCGCCGGGUUCCGGUACGCGGGGCUCGAGUACGGGCGCGAGUGCUGGUGCGGCAACGCGCUGCACGGGGGCGGGUUCGUGGGCGAGGCCGAGUGCUCGUUCGUGUGCGCGGGCGACGCCGGCGCGCUGUGUGGCGCCGGCAACCGGCUCACGCUGUACGAGACCGUGCAGCCGCCGGCUAACGGCACUGCUUGA